AGCAAGGAUCGACAUUUCUGGGUUGUGCUCCCUUUACAUUACCCUGAAAAACAGGAUAUUUGUUGGUGUUGAUUGGAAAAGAAACCGCGUCACCACUCAGCCAUCAAAUAAAAAUAUUCGCGUCUUCGAGUGGCAGAUUUGGAGAUUUCCAAUUCUACAGUCUCCCUCCUCUUCUUCCUCUCUCUCUCGCUCCUUCUCCUUCAUGAUGACUAUGACGGGAAGAGACUGAAGAAAACAUUAUCUUCAUUCCAAUUACUGAAGGAUGAUGAUCGUAUGUUUUUAGUUUUUUUUUUUUAUUAUUUUUUUGGGUUCUCCAUUUCUAAAGUUGAGGAGCACCAUGAAAAGUCAAAAGAUGAAAGGUCUCUUAAAAGGUUUUAGAUAUUUUGCACAACGGUUUGAGGAAAAAGAACUAGAAUUUCAAAUUGGGUCUCCUACAGAUGUAAAGCAUGUUGCACAUAUUGGAUGGGAGGAUCCAUCUGCUUCAAAGCCUAGCUGGAUGAAUGAAUUUAAGUCAUCUCAAGAGAUCUCAAAUGGAGUCCCAAAUAGUAUUGAAGAACUACUUGAUACGAAUCAGUGUGAGAAGCCGAAGCAUAGAAGAAGGCGCAAAUCAAAUGGUGCAGACUCACCCAGAAGCAACGAUGGAUCAAAGCAUUCUAGGCGCCAAUCAAAUGAUGCAGAGUCACCAAAGAAUUCGAGACGCAAUCGAUCUUCAAACAACCCGAUGGAUUCCCCAAGUAGAAACACAAAACAUCAUCACCAGAAUUCUAACCUUGGUGCUGAAUCACCUGCCCAUGAUCACUCGUCUGUUCCAAGACAUCCCAAGGGAAGAAAGACCAAGGACUCCAAAUUUAGAGAAAGUAAAUCUUCAGCAGGUUCUAAUAAUUGCGGAGCUGAGACCGUGCAAAGGACCCAAGAAUUAACGCCGGCCAUCUGAGUUCAGUUUUGGAAGCAUAUGAAGGAGAAGUAUGAGAGGAAGAAUUUUGAGAUCGGAGGUUAAUGUUUUUGCUAUGAAGAUGUUAUAAUUCAAUUUUUCUUUAAUUACUAUGAAGAUAUUAUAGUUGAAGGGAAAUGCAGAGCAGAUUAUAAAUGUAAAGAUCAUACUGGGGUUAAUUAACAAACACAAAAUUCUAUA